UUAGUUAUCAUAUCCUUUGAAGCAGACUUGCUAUUCGCAACCCACCGCCACGCUGUGCUGUGUGCGAAACACAGUACGCUCACUUUGGCACGGAGAGAGCGCGCAGCUGCUUAACUACUCUGUAUUUGCUCUAGAAUGCGACAUGGUAUUAACCGGUUUGAUCUUUGCUCGCACUGAUAAUUGUCGGCAUUUGGUUUCCUCGCAAACUGGACGCAUGCUGUAAUUCACACCUGAGAUGGCGCACGAGCAGCAGCUCAUAACAAAACGCGCCUGGCUGGGCCCGGGCGGUCCGGAGGGCUACCUCACGGUCGCGAGCGCCAGCCUAAAGUGGCAGCCUGCAGCCAGCGGAGCCACGGGUGUGCAGGAGCUGCGCAUUCCCCUGUCAUGCAUUACAAAUAAUCAGCGCGCCAAGGACAAGCCGCUGGUGCGCAUCACUUUCACCAAUGGCACCGGCGGCGCCGCGGCGCAUGUGUUCCAGUUUGAGAGCGUGGCGGACCGUGAUGCGGCCCUGGACGUGCUCACAAAGGUCAUUGCGGCGGUGGCGGCAGCGGCGUCAGGCAGCGGCACGGCAGCCAGUGGCGGCGGCGGCGGUGGUGAUGCUGGGCCAGCAGUGGCGGGCGGCUUCACCAGGCAGCAGCGGCAGCAGAUGGUUGCACGGGACGCUGACCUCAAGGCCCUGUACGACGAGCUGGUGGGCGGCGGGGUGGUGGGCGAGGCCGACUUCUGGGGCGGCGUGGCGGCACGGCUGGCGGCGGCGAAGCCGGCCAGCUGGGGCACGGCGGCGGCGGGGCCGGCGGGGGCGGGCGGGCUGCCGGGGCGGCGGCGCCUGGGCCUGAGCAACAUCCUGCAGCGAGUGGAGGCCGAGGUGGACGGGCGGCACCAACGUGUGCUGCGUGUGAGCCUGACGCCCGAGCAGGUGGCGCAGAUCUUUGCGGAGCAGCCGGCGGUGCUGCGCGCCUACCGCGAGCACGUGCCGCACCGCAUGGCGGAGGAGGACUUCUGGCGGCGAUACGUCCGGCAUGAGAUGCACAAGGAGUCGAAGCGCAAGGCCCGGGCUGAGGGCAUCAACCCCAAUGCCGCGGCGGCGGGCGGCGGCGCCAUGGCGGAUGACGCCGGCGGCGACAUCUUCAGGGAGGCGGCGGCGGCGGUGGCGGCGGAGGCGGCGCGGCGGCCGGGCCAGGCGGCGGCGCACCGUGAGGCAGUGGAUCCGGAGCUGGACCUGGCGGCGGCGGCGGCGGAGAGGUACAGCGGACACGGCACCGCACACGCGGCAGCCCGGGACCCCGAGAUGGAGCUGGCGGCGGGCAGUGGCGGCGGAGGCAGCGGGGGCCAUCACCACCCGCUGGCCGCCGACCCCGACCCGGACGACCUGGCGGCCGCCAUCAACAAGCACGGCGAGGUGGUGCUGCAGGGUGUGGAGGCUUUGGCCCGGGUGGAGGCGCAGCUCAAAGGCACCGCACCGGCAGCAGCAGGCGGCCACCACGGCCACCACGGACAUCACCAACACAACCACCACAACCACAACCACAACCACCAUAGAGCGGACGGCGCGGACCCGGGGCCAGGCAGCAACGGCGGCGACCCACACGGGGAGGGGCAGGGCGGCGGGGGGCUGCUGGGUCGGCGGCGGCGGCGACACAGCGCGGGUCUUGAGGACCUGCACGAGCCGCCCGCACGCCAGUUGGACGCCCUCAGCAUUGCCGACCCCCGCAGGUACUUUGAGCGCAGCGGGCAGCAGGGCGGCGGGGCGGCGCCAGCAGCACACAUGGGCGGCGGCUGGGGUGGGGCCGGCGGAGGUGGGGGCGGCGGGCCGGGCCUGUCGGGCGCUGCAGCGGUGCUGGGCUGUGUGUCUCCCGGCUGCCUGCCGCUGCCGCCGCUGCAGGGGUGUGCGGCGGAGGAGGCGCUGCUGGAGGCCACACCGCUGGCCCGAGCGCUGGCGGAGGAGGAGGCUGCGGGUCCGGGCGGCGCCGCGACUGCCUCUGGCCCGGGCGGCGCCAGUGCGCUGCUGCGCGACCCCGCCUCCUCCGUGCCGCCCGAGACACUGGCCUUCCUGCGGCGCACCGUGCUGUCCGUCAACGAGGCGUGCCGGCACCUGUGGCGCUGCCUGCCCGCCAACACACCCGCGCGGAGAGACAAGGCCGGGCGGCUGGCUCGUCUGCUUGAGUCCAAGCGCGGCGAGGUGGAGGCCCUGAACGACCGCGCCCGGGGAGUGGAGGGGCGCUUCAUCCGGCAGCUGCUCAAGCCGCCCAUGGACAUGCUGCUGGCGGCGCUGGUCAGGUGGGAUGAGGAGCAGCAGAAGCGGCCGGCCGGAGCGUCAUGAUGAACGGCCUGACGGCAGCAGCGCGGGGUAUGACUCUGGCGUGGGCGGCUCAGUGAUGCGGCGCUGGACGUUGGCAUGUGCAGGCAUAAGGAACUGGGAGCAGGGUUGAGCGCGCUUGGUUAUGUGAGCGUACUAGCUCGGAGCUCUUUGACCUGGGGCUAGGUGCAUGCCGUCUGCCCCGAUGAGUUGUGACCCAGAUAUGUCUGAACUGGCCGGACUGAGGGCGAGAGGAGUUACAGAGAGUCGUGACAUCGCCUCCUCUAGCAAGAUCAAGUGCGUAAGCUACGCACAGUCUGCCUUGUGACCUGCUUACGGUGCCCCAGGCGCCUGACACACGCGACCAUCUCCCUGUUCCGUGGUACAACGACCACUUUCUCUGUCGGCCGGCUAUGACGGAAGUAUUGACAGCUUGAAGCCUUCGCACCGAAGUCAAGAUGCAUCUACAUAUCCACUUCAACGG